AUGCACAAGCUAACCGACCUCUUCCAUCGCCACGGCAAAUCCGCCAUAAAUCAUACCUUACACCCAGAGGAACCAAACGCGUACCCGCGCACGGAGGCCUUCCCAACCGGCCAUGAUCUGUACUGCUAUCGCAAGCAGCGCGGGGUCAAUCUAGGCUCCUGGUUCGUUCUCGAGAGGUGGAUCACUGAAUCUCCUUUCCGGAACGCUGCUGCCCCUGCACAGAGCGAUCUGGACGUCGCGCGAGGCUCCAACGCAAAGGAGAUACUCGAGCAUCAUUGGGACACAUGGAUCACCGAGACAGACUGGCAGUGGCUCGCGCAGCAUGGGAUCAAUACAGUCCGACUCCCGAUUGGCUACUACCAUAUCUGCGGCGCCGAUCCGUCCGUCCUUGAUGGGACCGAUUUCGCCCAAUUCCAUGCCGUGUUCGAAGGUGCUUGGAGUAGGAUAACGAAAGCGAUCGCCAUCGCCAACGAUCUCAAUAUUGGUGUCCUGCUUGACCUACAUGCCGCACCGGGUAAGCAGAACAGGGACGCCCACUCCGGGACGUCCGCGCCCUCGCCCGGCUUCUUCACCGAGCACAACAUGUCGCACACCACGCACAUCCUGACCACCCUCGUGCGCAACCUCCCCGCACUCCCGAACGUCGUCGGCAUCGAGCUGCUCAACGAGCCUCAACCCGACGCUCAAGACGAAGCCCUCAAGCGGUGGUACGCAUCCACAAUUGCCGCGGUGCGCGCUAUAUCGCCCGGCAUGCCGAUCUACAUAUCCGACUGCUGGCGCACGGACGACUACGCGGGGUACAUCUCGUCCCUGUCCAAGUCGCACGUGGAUUUCGUCGUCCUCGACCACCACCUGUACCGGUGCUUCACGCAAGAGGACCUCAACACCCCCGCGGAGCAGCACGCGCGGGCGCUGCGCGACCCCAACGGCAGCGCGGCGAGCACGUUCGCGCGCGUCUCGCAGAGCCUCCAGAACGCCGGCGGCGCGCUGGUAGUGGGCGAGUUCUCCGGCGCGCUCAACCCGCAGUCCCUCGCGGGCCUUCCUGGGUAUUCCGCCGAGAUGUCCGCGCGGCGCAGUUUCGUCAAGGCGGAGAUCGAUCUGCUCGAGCGGUUCUGCGCGGGGUGGUUCUUUUGGACGUACAAGAAGGAGGGCGGGCGCGAUCUCGGAUGGGGGUUCAGGGACGUCGUUGAUGGUGGGCUCUGGCCGAACCCGGGGCUGGUGGUGCGGAAUGAGUGCGAGCGCGAUGCGGGGAGGUCCGGGAGGCGGAAUAGUGCCAGGGAUAAAGCUCUAGGUGCGUCCUUAAUCCUGGCCAGACGUAUAUAG